AUGGACCAAACAGAGGCCGAAUUAGAACGUUUCCGCCAGCAGUGGAAAAAAGAAGUGUCGGCGAGGAAGGACCACCGCCAAUCCACCGAUGCCGGCACCAGCGGACAAGCUCCUCGAAGUCAAGAUGCCGGUUCCACAAGCAAAUCCGGGUUGCCUCCUCCACAUGUGCCUGCAGGAGCGGCAAGGAAUCCUUACGAAGGGUGGGACGAGGUGCAGCCACAUUCAUAUCAUGAUAUAGAGCAAGUCUCGAGGCAACGCGCCUUGGAGUCAUCGUCACAUCCGGAAGGGUUGGGGAAUCCGCCAAAAUCCGCUCUGGAGCAUUAUGAAGAAGCUGUGACGAGAGAGACGCAGGGUAAUCUGGGUGACAGUGUUAAUUUAUACCGCAAGGCAUUUCGGCUGGAUUCCUCUGUCCAUGAAAUCUACAAGAAGAAACAUUUCCCUCCAGCAGCCAAACAAAAUGCCGCCGAACGUCAACCGACGAAGGGUUCCUCAUCUCAGGAAGCCGAACGGCAGGAUCCCUUGCAAGCCCUUCCACGACCCAUCGCAGAUCUCAUUCAAGAAUAUUCUCAUGCCGAGAUAUCCCCUGAAGCGCCCCCUACGGAGCUAUCCCCUCCUCCACCAUGUCCAAUGGCAUUCCUUCCAGAAGAGCUUCUCGUCGAGAUCCUCGGACAUCUGGCUAUCUCGGACGUAGCCUCCUUCGCUCGUGCGGCGCAGGUGUGCAAAAGGCUAGCGUACUUGGUCACGACGGAGGAAACCAUAUGGAAGCGAGUAUGCGAAGGGGAUAAGUUCGGGUUUGCCGCGAUGCAUUACCGCUAUGUCUGCACCAUUCGAGGCAACCCCAUUGUGGAAUCGGUCUUGGACCCAACGUCGGUGGAAGGUCUAACGACGGCUCAUGCGGGCCUUUCUAUCACGGACCCAUCGACGACAAAGAUCCCGAUCUCGCUGUCACCAUCAUAUCCAACCUAUCGCCACAUGUUUCGAACGCGGCCACGUAUACGGUUUAACGGCUGUUACAUCAGCACUGUCAACUACUCUCGACCUGGUGGGAAUAUAACAUCACAGGUGACCUGGAACUCUCCUGUCCUGAUCGUUACCUACUACCGGUACCUCCGCUUCUAUCGCGAUGGAACGGUCAUCAGCCUUUUAACGACGUCGGAACCCACCGAGGUGAUUCCGGUGCUGCAUGAAGGUUACCUGCAGUCAAAAAACGAAAGAAACCGCAGAUUACGGGAACAGUUGUCUGCAGCUACAGAAGGGGUUGGUCCCGAUCAGGAAUCCCAUCCGAGCUCGAAGGUAAUGAAGCAUGCCUUGCGGGGACGGUGGAGGUUGUCGGAUCCCAUCACAGAGGGUGAAGGCGAUGUCCACAUCGAGACCGAGGGCGCGGUCGCCAAGUAUACCUUCAAAAUGCAAUUCGCCCUCAGCAGUGCAGGCCGCGGAGUGCGAAACAACAAGCUGACCUGGAAGGGGUUUUGGAGCUAUAAUACGUUGACGGACGAUUGGGGAGAAUUCGGGUUGAAGAAUGAUAAGAGUUAUUGGUGGAGCAGAGUUAAGAGCUGGGAUGUUGGGUCAUGA